CCGCGUUGACGGCAUUGAGUUUGACAUUUCAAAUUAGGGGGUGAAACGUAAACAAACGCAGUGAGAAAAACUAUAAUUUUUGUUCAAAGUUAUCUUGAGAUUCUAUAGCUUUCUGCAAAAAUGGCAUCCAAUGCGAUAAACUCUUCGAUGAUGACGGUAAAUUUGCAGCUUGCCGAUAUUUUUCAAUACGUCGGAGGAGGAAGCAGGUUGAUAGUCGAAGGUUCCCUUCAGUUCCAUUGCUUACAGUAACAGAUUUGCAACAAAAGUGGGGUAAAAUUGCAGAAAAAGUUGCUGACGAUAUGUACAAGACAACACCAUUGACCGCAUUCUGCAAAAAAAUGACGAAUACAAAAGAUACGACUGAAGCUGCCUCGCCGGCGGGUUUGACUCACGAUGAGGGUACCAACAUUCUUCAGCUUUUCGUGAAAGGAUUCCCUGAAAGCGGUCUGGCAUACGAAAAGAAAGGACGAGAUAUGAAAAAUAUUGACAAAAAUGAUGAAUCUGAUGUUCUGAAUACAUUUCUCGAUAUAGAUGUGCAAAGUCAUUCUACAGAAUCCAUUGAUUCGUUAAUUUCUAUUGAAGAAAAUAUGACUUGCAGUCUACUUAAAUCCUUCCUGAGAAGAUCGUUUCAUCCUGAUAACUUCACGAUGAUCGAUCGUGAAAUAAUGGAAUUUAUAGGUCCGUUAGAAAAGGAUCUGCAACUUCAUUUCGAAUUUAAUGUGAAAGUAUCGGAAUACGAGUCUUUGAAAAUAUGUACAAGAACUAUAGAACAAAGAGUAUCAUCGCAAUGGAAAAAAGAACGAAGCCGGCGCAUCACUUCAUCCAGUGCAUACUCUGUGUAUACAUACUACACAAAUCAACCCGACAAGAACAAAAAUUGGAAAAGUAAAAUCCUGAGUAUGGUGACACCGAAACAUCUUUCAACACCAGCAAUCGUACAUGGGAUCCGAUGCGAAUCAAAAGCCAUAGCAGCAUAUGAGCGAGACUACAGAAAAAACGUUUGGAGUUGUGGUUUCGUAAUACCCCCACAUAUUUCAUGGCUGGGAUGUUCUCCUGACGGAAUUGUUAUAAACGAAGGGAGAAUAAUAGAAAUUAAGUGUCCAAAAGAAGGGGAAAAUAAAUCAUUGAGUGAUUUAAUUGAUUUUCUUCCCUAUUUUACAAGAUUAAAUGUUUUGAAAAAAAAUCAUCAAUAUUACGCACAGUUGCAACUAACUAUGUUCAUAACAAAAUGUAGAGUAGCAGAUUUUAUAAUCUAUUCAGAAUAUGAUGAUAAAUGCUAUGUUCAGGAAGUUCAAUUCGAUCCAGAUUAUGUUAGAACGAUGGUAGCAGUGCUGAAGGAGUAUUAUUAA